GCACCAACCUCGAAACCUCAUCUUGCCAGCCGUCUCACAGCUUCAUCCUCGACAAACCGACAACAUGGCACCUUCCAACCUCCCCGCGGCAUUCAACCCCACGUCUCAGGACAUUGAGCAACUCCUCGCGGCGCAAUGUCAUUUGGGCAGCAAGAACAUGCAGGUGCAUAUGGAGCCGUACCUCUGGAAGACUCGUCCGGAUGGUAUCAACGUCAUUAACAUUGGCAAGACCUGGGAGAAGAUUGUCCUGGCUGCGCGCAUCAUCGUCGCCAUUGACAACCCAGCUGACAUCUGUGUCAUCUCCGCUCGUCCUUAUGGCCAGCGUGCUGUUCUCAAAUUCGCCGCCCACACUGGUGCCGUCGCCAUCGCCGGUCGCUUCACCCCCGGUAACUUCACCAACUACAUCACUCGCAGCUUCAAGGAGCCCCGCCUGAUCAUCGUCACCGACCCGCGCACCGACGCCCAAGCCAUCAAGGAGGCGUCGUACGUCAACAUCCCCGUCAUUGGUCUCUGCGACGCCGACUCGCCCACCGAGUACGUCGACGUUGCCAUCCCUACCAACAACAAGGGCCGCCACGCCAUCGGUCUCGUCUGGUGGAUGCUCGCCCGCGAGGUCCUCCGUCUCCGCGGCACCCUCGCCUCCCGCGACACCGAGUGGGACGUCAUGACCGAUCUGUACUUCUACCGCGACCCUGAGGCCGAGGAGAACAAGGACUCCGCCGGUGUGGAGGAGGCCAAGGUCCCGGGCGCUGACGAGGUUGGCCCCGGCGCCGUUGAGGCCGGCUUCUCGAACGAGUGGGAGGUCUCCGGAGCCACUGCUGGCGCGUUUGCUGCUGCGUCCAACACUGCUCCGGCUGCGGGUGCUAGCUGGGAUGCUGAUGCAGGUGGAGACUGGGCUGCGGCCAGCACUGCCAACGCUGAGGCGACUGAGGGCUGGGGAACUGCGGCCGCUGGCACCGAGCCUACUGCUCAGUGGUAGAUGUCGUUCGAUAGCGCGUCCUCGAUUGUAGCCAAAACGGAGGUGUGAACUGCAGGGGGCAGCAUAUCGAAACAAAAUGGGAGACAAUUACAACACCAUGAAUCGACCGAUCUUCAGGAGAGCGCGUUGGAGUCUUUAGAGGGAACACAUCGUAAUGCACUUAUGAGGGAAAGAUACUCGGCUGUGUUGGCUUUGUUUAGCGGCAGCGAGGGAAAGCCCUGUGUUGUCGAUUUGGGUGGACUUGAUCGUUGCCCAUUCCUUCAAUGAAUCAUAUCGAGCUCUGUUCUUUUCUGAACCCGCUGGUCUUGGUCUAACGUGAUUCAGAUUCGUCGUUGCAGGUCGUCUAAUAAGUAUCCCCAGUGUCGUACGCAAGUCCAAACUCCAGAUAUUAACAAGACCAACAACGCCCCUUAAU